AAAUGCAUCUGAUGUGGAUUCUCAAACGCGGCAAUAAGUGUUCUGUGCAAUCCAUAUCAUAUGACUCAGUCCAAUUUCUGUCAUAUUUCUGUGGUCCAAGUGUUCUGUGCUCAGUCAAGUGUAAACAGAAAAUAGUAGAUUAUGGAAAAGUUUUUGUAUACAUUUUCUAUAUAUAAAAAAUAAAACGUGAAAAUGAAUGUUGAUUUAAGCAAAUCUAGCGUUGUUCAAUGGUUUGAAGGAACGGAAAAACACCGAUGUGGUUAUUGUAAAAAUCAGAGUAGUGUAUCAAUGGGGAUGUGGGCUGAAAGCCUUACAGUUGAUGAUUAUCAAGAUCUUAUUGAUCGAGGUUGGAGGAGAUCAGGUAAAUAUUGCUACAAACCUAUUAUGGAGAAGACAUGUUGUCCAUUAUAUACCAUCAAAUGUGAUGCCGUUAAUUUUUUACUCAGCAAAUCACAAAAAAAAGUUAUAAAAAAAUUUAACAAGUUUCUGAGAGAUGGUGAACUAAAUAGUAAAGACAAUUCUUCUGAAAGCCACAUCAUUGAAGAAUCUGAAAGUUGUAUUAUUGUUCCUAGAGAAAUGCCUAAAAUUAAUUUAGAUACUGUUAAAUCAGAUAUUUCUGAAUGUAUGGACAUCAACACUGUAUCAUUAGAAGGCGCAUCUAAUUCUGUAAAUUGUGAAAAAUCUGAAGAAAUUUCUCAUAAAAAAGAUAAAAAAAUACAGGAAAAAACUGAAAAAAUAUGUGAUAAAAUAGCAAACAAAUCUAGUCAAAAAAAUGUACAUUCAAAGACUUCCUUAACAGAGGAGGUGGUGGGAGCCGAUCCUAAUAAACCACCUUGCAAGAAAGCCAAAUUAUUAAGGAUAGAGAAAAAAAAGGCAAAAGCAAUAAAAAAAGGAAUAUCAUUUGAAAAAACACAAACAGUCAAAACUGGAAAAAGCCUUGAAGAAUUUCUUGAGGAAGGUGUAUCAGAUGAUAAUAAAAUUAAAUUGAGAAUCUCCUUAAUUCCAACUAGUAUACCGAAUUCAAGUUGGAAUGAGCUUCAAGAUAUCGAAUUUGAACUAUAUAAAAAAUAUCAGAUGAUUAUUCACAACGACCCUCCUAGUAAAUUAACACUGAAUGGUUUUAAUAGAUUUUUAGUGAAGUCUCCUUUGAAGACUAUUUUGGAAAGAAUGACAUCUACAAGUGAUAACUUCAGUUUAAGUGCAGAAUUAUACAAAAAAUAUCAAAUGAAAAUUCACAACGAUCCUCCACAUGAAUGUAACGAAGACCAGUUUUAUAAUUUUUUGGUUGAAACACCUUUACAGCCUCAGAGCUUUCCAGAAGAUAUAGAUGGUCCAGGUUAUGGGUCUUUUCAUCAACAGUAUUGGCUCAAUGAUAAACUAAUUGCAGUAGGAGUUAUUGACAUUUUACCAAGAUGCGUUAGCUCAGUUUAUUUCUUUUAUGAUCCUGAUUACCGAAGUUUGACUCUAGGCACUUAUGGAUCAAUGAGGGAAGUUCAACUAACAAGAAAUCUACAAAAAUCUUUACCUAAUCUGAGUAACUAUUACAUGGGUUUCUAUAUCCAUUCCUGUCCAAAAAUGAGGUACAAAGGAAAAUUAUCACCGUCAUAUUUAGUUUGUCCAGAAACAUAUUCUUGGAUACCAAUCGAAAAAUGUAUUCCACUUUUAGAAGUCAAUAAAUAUUCCAGACUAAAUGAUGACAUAGAUGCCCUAGAUGAUAAUGCUCCUUCAGAAGAAGAUGUUUUGAAAACAAAGAUUGUUUAUAGAUUCCGUUUAAUGUCUUUCAGAGAUUACAAAACAAUAAUUGAUGAUGAAAAAUAUAGAGAAAUUGGUCAUUUGGUUGGAAAAACAUGUUUGAACAGCCUUAUAUUUUGGGAACAGUAACUUUCCAGAUACUUCCAAAGUUAAUAAUAAAUAUUUUUUUCACUUUGAGGCUUUUUAAAUUAAAAAAAAAAAAACUUUGAAAUUGACUGUUUUUAAUUAAUGAUUAUUUUUAAAAUGUUUGUCAUUUUCUGGUGUGAAUAAAAAUUUAUUAAUUAAUUGAGCAAAAUGGUGACCACUUUGAGUCCUACUGCAAUAUUUCUUAAAUUUAACAAAUCACCUUCUUACUAAUGAUUGUAAAUUGGUGUGUGAUGCAUUGAAAAAUUAUAGUUUAAAGUCCCUUAUUGCGUACUUAUGAAAAAUAUACUAAAUAAGAUUUAUGUAUUUUCUCGCCAAAUGCAGGAGCAGUCACACUAAGUUUUUAAUAAUUUAUUAUAGAAGUAAACUAUUAGGUUCAUAUUAAAUCUUUAAUAAUUGGAAUAGAAGA